AUGAGUACUAUUAGUAGUUUAGAAGCAACUAAACAGGUACCUAAUGUAGUUGGUACAGUUGGUGAAGCUAUUAAACCAUUUCUUCCACUGAUAGGCAUUGUAACUGAUUUUGUGGAGAGGAUAAUUGAUAUUUAUGAAAAUGCUCAAUAUAAUAAAAAAAUUUGCAAUGCUUUUCUUGAUCGUGUAAAAGCUGCUCAAUCAUCAGUUGAAUAUUUACAACGAAGAAAAGAAGAGAAUCUAAAAAAAUUUCAGGAUGAGACAUAUUAUAAAAAUUUUAUGAUUUUUACUGAGGUUUUGAGACAAGUAAAAAAUUUUCUUAAACAGGUAACUCAACUUCAUGGAUAUAAAAGAUUUCUUAAUGAAAAUAGU